AUGCUGACUGGCCUGAUCUGUGGGUUUGGGUUCGGCACCGAGUUCGAGAUUGUAUUUCCCUAUUCUUGCACUCUUGUGAAUUCGCGCGUUUGGCCAAGGUUUCAAACAGAUCCCAACCAAGGGGCGACAGAGAAACUCACUGUGUGUCUUCUGCCGCCCCGGGUCUAUGACCGCCGCCCAGUCAUUCCGGCGAGCGAUGUGUGCUCAGAUUCAAGCCUCUUGGAUCCCAUCAGCUUGCUGUGUGUGAAAGGCUGGUCGCGUUCAUUUUGCGCGGUGCUGGUCAUGCUGGCGGCUUUUGAAAUGAAGGAGUCUUUUUCCAUGAUCCACGGCGCGGUUCAGACAGUGGAUGUCACGGCCGACGGGCUGACGCUUCAGAGCGUCAGCGUUCGGCGAAAGCCGAACGCUUUCAAUCUGUUGUGGCAAAUGAAGUUGGUUCGAGGGUAUGGGGAUACAGCAAGCUUCGAACAGGCUUGGGCGGACGUGAGCGAGUUCCAGACCGCCAUGCAGAUUGGCAAGCAGGAGGCCACGGCUGCAAUGUUUUUGAUGAACGACAUCGACCAGCGGGUCGCAAAUCGGCUUUCUUCCUUGGUCAUGAACGGGGAGCCUCUUGAGCUGGGAGAGGAAACAUUGCAGCGCAUCUGUGGAGCCUUUGUGGCCGCCUUGGCCUCUUUGAGGGCGAAGGUGCCAGAGGCAUUCUUGCAACAGCACAUGCCCGAUCUGGAGAAGCAGCUUCUCAUCUUCAGCAGGUUUUUCCAGAAGCAUUUGGACGGUGAUCUUGAUUUGUUGCUGCGAAGCACGGUGCCACCGGUUCAGUUGGAGAAGGUCUCAGCGAUGCGGUCGGUGCUCUUCAAGUACCAGCGCCACGUGCAUUCCCGAGAUAAUUUGUUGAGCGUGUUGCAUUCUGAAAUGCAGAAGCUCACCUUCAAGCAAACCAGUGAGUCGGUCCAAGCAGAUUUGCACUUGAUGUCGGAGUGGGCUGACCAGCACGCGGAUUUCCACAACCGGCAGGGUCUGUUGGACUUGAGGUACCUGAAUGACCGUUUCCAAACCGGAAAGUCCCGUGUCGAGGCACUCAUGGCUUCAAAGCACAUGUACGUCCUUCCCAGCGACAACCGACUCUCUCCGCAUGCAGAGAUCCUCCGCUUCCAGAAUGUGUUGGGUGGAGGAGGAGGUAUCAUCGACGACAGCCUUGAAGUCAGCGAUGCCAUCAUGAACGGAAACCCAAAUGCAGUCCUCCUGUGCCUGGCUCCUGCUUCCCAUUCGAAUGUGCGACAGGAAGCCGUGGUGCAGAAGAGACGGCAGCUAGAAGAUAGACUGUUAGGGGCAUUUGACGUGUCCGAGACCACUUUGGUGUUUGCAGAUAGCGGCCAUGCUUCUGACCGACGCAAGAAGAGCCAAUUUGGCUGGAUUUGCGUGUCCAAGUUGCACAGCAAGUCUCCAUGGCACAAGUCCAAGGGCAUGCAAGGGACGAUUGGCCCAAUUGAGAGGGCUCGCGUGAUGGAUCUCCAAUCGCCUCAGGAUGACAAGCCUUUGACUCCAGCGCACCGAGUGAUGCAGAAGGGAAUUCCUGGCAUUCUCCAAAUCAUCACCCAGAUGCUCGAUGGCUUAAGUCUUGGAGCCACUGAGAAGGUCUUGAUUGUGGACUGCAUGUGCAAUCGCUUCAACGAGUGGGGUUUGGCAAGCUGGAAGGUCCAGCAGGACGUUCUGGCAUCGUCAACAGGGGCGAUUUGCGAUUUGCAUUUUAUGGGAUUUGUUUGGGCCGAGGAGGAUGGUGAGUUCAGUGACCGUCUGCCAAGCCAAAUCUCGGCUCAGAUGUUGGAGGAUUGGUGGGACAGCAGCGUGGAGGCUGGGCCCAAGAGACGUGCAUCAGAAGCCUUUGGGCUCCCCCGGGUGCCCGGUGCUGUUUCGGAACCAUUAUCGACUUCAAACGAUGACUCCCUCAAGAAGGGCAUUGAAGGUCUUGAGUUGGUGGUCAAGCAGUGGAACCAAGCUCGGGCCGCCCAGUUCGGAGAGGCUGCUUCAUCAGAACAUGCCCGCAAUGGUCAGAGCUCUGAGUCAGCUGGAACAGCAGGCAAUGGCAAUCGCACAUUCAGCAGGCCUGUAUUUGCACCUGAUGAGCGCAAGAUCGACAUAUCCGCCAAUCAUCUGUUCUGUGAUGAUCAUGUCGUCAACAUCGAGCAUUUUGAAGCAAACAGUGAGAUUGUGGCAGCGGGCAUGUCGGUAUCCCAGCAACACGUCAAAGUCUAUGUGACGAAGGAUCACGCGCUGCAUUUAGCCAACCUUGCAGAGCGAGAUUUGUCCCUGAGUGCUUGCGAGCUGUUUGGCUUUGGCCUUGGCAGCUGGAGUCUCCUUGUGCAAGGAGUGGCCCGCCAGAGUGUUCGUCAGUGCUUCCCUUGGCUUUUGGCCAGCGAUGCAGAUGCAGUCGUGUCUGUUGAUGGGCGGGAGAAGAAGAUCCUGGCAGUAUCAGAGAUGCUGUGUGACGCUGCGUCCAAGCACGGCAUUAUGGAUUUUGCUUGUCAUGACUAUGAUAUGGUGCAGAAGACACAGGCCAAUGGAAACCCGGAGAGUUGGCGGUACCAACUGACCGCCCGGACCAAAUUGAGUGUCUACACGCCGAAGCCCUUGCCUGAUGAUGUCGAUAAGCUCAACAUACGUGGCAGCAUGCUCGGUGCUGCUUACCAUGACAAGUACGACAAACUUCCCCGAAACAAGUUGGUCCAAACACUGUUUGAGGCCACUCAGCUGAAAGAAUCCUCCUUACGGUUGCAGGUUCCUGUUCCCCUCAACCUUUGUUUCAACCUGCUGUUUCUGAACGUGCCCUCUUCUGCCUGUUAG